GCUCACAGUUCGCGUCUUAAAGAGACUUUGUGUCGGUUGUUUCUUCUCUCAGACUGCCCGGAGCUGUCGGUGCCCUUCGGUCUGUUCCCGCCGGUCAAACGUGUCAGUUUGUCCGCUGAGCAGCUCCCGUGUUACCACCGGAGAGUCGAGAAGGUCAAGCUAAUGCUAAAAUUAGCAGUUAGCCGGCACACACAGUCCUUUCGCUUUUAUAAUAAGGACAACGGAGGGUCUCAAACUGUGGUUCGAGGACCUGCAGGGGUCCAUGAAGGUGUUGAGUUUUAACUGACCGGUCCGCCUUUACUUCCUGGUUACCUGUGGUCAUCACCUGACAGCCUGACAAUGGUUCUGAGGGAGGUUCCAGUAGAAAACAUUGCCCGUCCUUUGGGCAGGAACGAGGUCAUUGGUCUGCUCUUCCGUCUCACCAUAUUUGGUGCCGUGACCUACUUCACCAUCAAGUGGAUGGUGGACGCCAUCGACCCCACAAGGAAACAGAAGGUGGAGGCUCAGAAACAGGCAGAGAAGUUGAUGCGUCAGAUAGGAGUGAAGAAUGUGAAGCUGUCUGAAUAUGAGAUGAGCAUUGCAGCUCACCUGGUCGACCCGCUCUGCAUGCAGAUCACCUGGAGGGACAUCGCAGGUCUGGAUGAGGUGAUCACAGAGCUGAAGGAGACAGUUAUCUUACCUGUUCAGAAGAGACACCUGUUCCAAGGGUCAAGACUGCUGCAGCCGCCUAAAGGCGUGCUGCUGUACGGGCCCCCGGGCUGCGGAAAGACGCUGAUUGCCAAGGCGACGGCGAAGGAGGCGGGAUUUCGUUUCAUCAACUUGCAACCGAGCACGCUGACGGACAAAUGGUAUGGAGAGUCUCAGAAACUGGCUGCUGCUGUCUUCUCAUUGGCUGUGAAACUGCAGCCGUCUAUCAUCUUUGUCGACGAGAUAGACUCGUUCCUGAGGAGUCGCUCGAGCUCCGACCAUGAAGCCACAGCCAUGAUGAAGGCUCAGUUCAUGAGUCUGUGGGACGGACUGGACACUGACCACCACUGCCAGGUGAUCAUCAUGGGAGCCACUAACCGUCCUCAGGAUCUGGACUCUGCCAUCCUGAGGAGAAUGCCCACCAGGUUUCACAUCAACCAGCCUAGUCUGAGGCAGAGAGAGCAGAUCCUCCACCUGAUCCUGGAGAACGAGAGUGUUGAUGUGUCAGUUGACCUCCUUGAUGUUGCCAAGGAAACGGAGGGUUUCUCAGGAAGUGACCUCAGAGAGAUGUGUCGUGACGCGGCCCUGCUCUGUGUCCGAGACUUUGUCCACGCUCAGAACGACAGUCCAUCAGAGGACUUCAUCCGUCCAAUCAAUCAGGUGGACCUCCACAAAGCGAUCAGUAAGAUGAAGAAAUCUAAAUCAGCAGGACAUAUCGCCCCGCUGCACGCUGCUCUGGACUGAAAACACACACACACACACCCCUACCUGUCUGUCUCUACGUGUGUAAAUAUGUUCAUCAUGUGCCACUUUUUGUUUCUACUUCAGAUCAGCUGAUUGUAAAGUCGCCAUCAGCUGAUCAAACAGGAAAUGAAGAGCUUACCAGACCGUUGUUGCCGUGACGGCCAUGUUCAACAAACACAGCGCUGACAUCAUCAGCCACAUGUUGUUUGUUUCUACUGUAAAUAAAGUCAAAGUAAAAGUUUAAAAAUGAAACUCACAAGUCAGCUGUUACUACAGUACCCAUGGGUCUCAUUGGCCGUUGUCAUGGAGACACGUCUAUCCAGAGCAAUCUGUAAAGUCUGCUAAUUUAUCUAUUAGAAAAUGUAUAAAAUAAACUACCGGUAAUUAUGGAA